AGUAAUCUGUGAAAGGUGGAAUCAGAGAGAAUAGUGGAACUAAAGUUUUAAGUGUUGUUACUCAAUGGAAGAACUUGACAUAAAUGUUGACGAGCUUAAUUAUGAAAAAGGAAUCAUAAAAAUAUUACAGGUCAUUCGAUCAAAUUGGAAAAUAUCCGAUAUUAAGUUUAAACUAUUCACCGAUGGUAUUACAAAUAAGCUAGUCGGAUGCUUUUAUAGCGACCCAGAGAGUGAUUUUAAUGACGUGAUCCUAGUAAGAAUUUAUGGAAAUAAAACGGAUUUGCUUAUCGAUCGUAAUGCUGAGAAAAGAAAUAUUAAGCUAUUGCAUGGUCACAAGCUAGCACCACAAUUAUAUGCAACCUUUAAAAACGGUUUAUGCUAUGAAUAUGUUCCAGGCGUUACACCGAAUUCUCAAAGCAUCUAUGAACCAAAGAUAUGGAAACUAGUCGCAACUCAUAUGGCUAAUAUGCAUAAACUCCCGUUGUCUUCGUCACAGUCAAUGGAACCAAUGCUUAAGACAAAGACACUCAAAUUCCUCGAUCUUAUUCCAGACAAGUUCACUGAUCAGACGAAAGAUGAAAGGGUCAAAACAGCGUUUCCAUCAGUUGCUCGGUUACGAGAUGAAUUUAAUGAAUUAUAUAGUGCACUCGAGAAAACGAACUCUCCCGUUCUAUUCUGCCACAAUGAUUUGCUGCCCGGAAAUGUUAUUUAUACGGAGGAGUCGAAUAAAGUGACUUUCAUUGAUUACGAGUAUGCUGAGCCUAAUCAUCAAGCGUUUGACAUUGGUAAUCAUUUCGCCGAAUUUCCAGGUAUCGGUUCAGACAAUAUUAUCGACUAUACAAAAUAUCCAUCGAAAGAAUUUCAACUUGAAUGGCUGAGAGUUUAUUUAAAGGAAUUUAAUAGUACACCUGACGUAACAGAGGAUGAAGUCGAGACUCUUUACAAGCAAGUCAACAAAUUUGCACUUGCUUCUCACUUUUUAUGGACAUGUUGGAGUCUUAUUCAAGCAGAACACUCGACCAUUGACUUUGAUUUUCUCAGGUUCGGUGAAAUUCGCUACAACGAGUAUCUCGCUAAGAAAGAUGCCUUUUUGAGUUUGUAA